ACCGGAAGUGCCGUGGGGAAGGCGGAAGGCGGGCUUUUGUCUCGGGGAGGAGGGCUGGGCCGGCGUUGCCAGGCGUCGGAGGCGCGUUGCGGUGCGCUUGGGCGGGCGGGGAGCGCGCUCUGCCCGGCUUGUGGAGCUCGUUCUCCGGGAACGCGAACGCCCAGCGGCUGCUCUUUCUGUGGAGCCUUACUGAAGGAAGAUGGAGGACUACGAGAAGUUCUGCGCAAAACACCUGGCGAGGCUCCAAGGAGAGCCGCUGCACGGAGAGAUGCCUCCGGUUGCUCAGCACAGCCCUGUUUCCCUGAUCCAGUUCCAUGGUGUUCCUGUGCUUCCUCCACUGCUUAGUCUUCAGAGAAAAAAAGAAAUUCAGCAAGACAGACAAAAAGCCCUGGACUUUGAACUCUGGAGGCAAAAUUCCAGGAAAAGAAUUUUGUUGAACCGUGUUCAGGAGAUUUUGGAAAAUGUGCAGAUGAAGAAAUCGUCCGGUCGGAAUGACUUAGAUCCUUUAGAGAUGGAGAAAACUUGUUCUGCUGUAGAACCUCAAGUGAUAAAUGGGUUCGUCAGUGAAUCGAAUGGUGUUUUGGCAAGUUCUGUUGCUCUUAGUUGUUCUACAGAACCCCAAAAGACACUGGAAGCUAAGCCGGCAGAUGCCCCAGUUGAAUCUGGUAGAAACAUAGUAAGAGAAACCAAACAGCUUGUCCUUGAUAAACAAGAGGACAUUUGCCUUGGCCCGUCCGAGAAGAGAGGUUGCCCAGAAGGUUCGUUGGCCAUUCCAAGCAGCAUAGUUCCUUCCAAGGAGCCUGCAAAGCAACAGGAUGUUGAGAUGGGGCUGGCUGCUGAGGAAGCCCCGGAUCCUUAUGUCAUGAGCCUUCAGAACCUCUUGAAAAAAUCCAGGGAGUACAUACAGCGAGAACAAAACAGACGUAGCAUGAGAAGCAGUUCAAAGAGAAGCGUCAGCGAGAGCCUUUCGGAUAAAGAAAACGACGCAGUUAAAAUAAGCGACUCCAUGAAAGAGAGAGGAAAACUGAUGGGCAGGAGUUAUACGGCAGUGAUGCUUGAUAAGCCAAAUCUUACUUCUCCGCAAGGUUCUUCUGUCCCCAAAAAUAGCACAAGGGUAGUAGCAUCAUCCAGUUUCUCUAAAGUGGAUAUACCCAUGAGAUCUGGAACACCACCUUUGCUAGAUUCUGAUUCGGAUGAAGACUUUAAAAAUACCUCUCUGUUUGAUCACGAGAACAGCAUCCUCCGAAGCCUUACGGGUUCUUACUCGAAAUUACCCAGCCCUGAGCCAAGCAUGAGCCCGAAAAUGCACCGAAGGCGCCCAAGGCCUUCUUCAAUGGGGCACAUUGUCAUUAACAACCCUAUAAAUGCCUAUGAAUUAAGCCCCAACGAGAAGGGAAGAGCUGCGGGUUUGAUUGGCCCCAUUGCCGGCGACAAAGCUUUUGCCUCGGACCCUGUGCCAAAACUCACACCAAGCUUUGCUCCAGUUUCCUUCGGGAAAACUCGCGCUUUCAACAAGAGUGCUUCAGACAUCUCUGAUGAAUCCGCAGUUGUCAAACAGAAUCAAGUCUGUCACCUUCCUGCUAGCGAGCAAGAAAGCAGAGGGCUUUCCACCAGCGAAGGAGCGGAACCGAUGGCGUCAGAUAGCAGAAGAGAAUCAACAACUUGCAUUUUGGCCCCAAGCCUGCAAGAGCCCGUUGCAGCUACUGGCCCUGUUGCCAUUGCCAUGCAGAAUGCAGCAAGCGGUGGAGCCAAGCAGGCUGGUUUGCCAGACAAAGCCAAAUGCAACGCCACGGAGCUUAAUAAAUCUUAUGAUGUGGAAAGCCCCUCUCCUUUGCUGAUGCAAACCCAGCACCCCCUGCCAAUCGACACCCCGAAUGCAGGAAGUGAGCAUGCUUUGGAAAACAGCUUGGAAAAGGUGAAGCGAAGGCUUGAGCUGGACGCCGACCAUGUGCAGAAGGAAAAUGUACCUUGUGUUGUGAGGGGAGGUGCCACCGAGCCGGAGAAACUGUGGCUGCAUGACCAGAGGGGCCCUGUAGGAGCUGCUCUUGCUGCCAAGAAUGAGGCACAUGGCAGAGGUUCCAGAGAAGAGGAGGCUCUGAAAAUAAAAAUGCUGGCUUUGGAAGAAAUGAGGAAAAGACUAGAGGAACAGCAUGCGCAACAGCUCUCGUUGCUGAUUGCAGAGCAAGAGCGAGAACAGGAAAGGCUGCAAAAGGAGAUCGAAGAGCAGGAGAGGCGGCUAAAAGGAGAGAAAACUGCCUUAGCCGGAACAGAGAUCCCUCAGAUCGCUGUCAGCAGUGGGGUGGAUUUGCAGUGGAGGAAGAUCAGUGACACCCACUUGCUGGAAUCUGUGCUGACUCAAGUGGAAACUCUCCAUAAUGCCAGCUCCGAAAGCAUGGGCUUUGUCAGUGCCAAGCUUGGCUCAACAGCUGACGCUCCAUUCUACCUCUGGGAACCGCCAGCAAAUACAAAGUCGGUUUCAGCGUCCAGGUCAAUUAGCAGGAGCAAAAUGAGGUGGUCUCAGGUGUACAGUCCUGAGAUGAAGAGGAAGCUAAACAAGAUCUCUGCUAUGGCUAAGGGAUUCCUGACACGUAGACUGUUAGAGACAGAGAAACUGAAGCACCUCCGGCAAACUGUCAAAGACACAAGGGAGUUCAUUAGAAACUUUCAAUCAGAAGCGCCGUUAAAGAGAGGAGCCGUUUCCGCUCAAGAUGCUUCCUUGCAAGAGCGAGUGGUAGCUCAGCUGAGAGCAGCCUUGUAUGAUAUCCAUGAUAUCUUCUUCAAAAUGGAGGUGUCUGAGAGGAUGAAUAUCCUGCAUCACGAUCGGGAAGUUCGCAAAGAGAAAAUGCUGCGGCAGCUGGAUAAAGCAAAAACCCCUCGAGACAGAGUGGCACUUUCCACAGCCACACAGAAGUCUUUGGAUAGGAAGAAAUAUAUGAAGUACGUGGAGAAAUGGGCUACAGAAAUGGGCAUGCCAAACAAAAAAGCAAUAGUGAAACAAAAGACUCCAGAAAACAGAGUCCUUCAGCCAAAUCAGGGACAAAAUGCUCCCAUUCAGAGACUCCUUUCCAGACAAGGAACCCCCAAGGCCUCAGGGAAGGGGGCUGAGCAAAAUAGAAAGAAGCCCUCAGAGAGCAGAGUGUCUAACAAGGCCCGUUCAGGAGUAUAUGCAGGAAAAAUCCAAAGAAAGAAGCCAAAUGUUGUGACAACUUAAGGCGGCAACAUUCCCUGGGUUAAAGGAAGCAGCUUAGAUUGAUCAUGUUAUGUGUUGGUUGAAAUCUUCCAGCUGCUGCACAUGUGGAUAAGCUUAAACGAGCAAGCAUAUACUUUUUGAUAAACUGCAAAGAUUUCGAGAAGGUGUUCGAUGGAGGGGGAAAAUGAAUGGAACGACAGACUUAAGCAUUUAUUCUGCAUGUUUUAAGUGUCCUGUAUCUGCACUUGUGUAUGUAUACAUUGCACAGCCUCAGGAAGAAUAUUAAACUAUAAUUUUGCAGGGUUUUUUUUUUUUUUGCGUCUUAGCACUUUUUAAUUAUGUUAUUUUAAAAUUAUUUAUAGACACAGUAGCGGCCUUUAUACAUUUCUGUUUGGGCACUUCCAAAGAGAAGAGCUGUGUGGGAUUGGCAGCCAUCAAGACGUUGUUUUAACCACAUAAGGCCUUGCUUUUUUUCCCCUGCUUCAACCCCACUAAAAAUCCCAUGGGGCUUAUGUUCCUUUAGUUGCCAAUAUGUUGGUUUAAGCAUUUGUGGACGCCGCUGCUGUCCUGGUGUAUGUUGCGACGUGCUGGCUUUUACUUUCUUCCUGACAUGGCCGUACUUCCAGUGUGCUGUGUAAAUCUCUUUAAACCUAUUCUCUUUCAAAAUCUGCAUAUACAUUUUAGCGUGCUGUUCUCAGCUGUUGAUCCUUAGGGACUUAUUUUGUUUGCUGUGGAAUCAGCAAGUCAGUGCUGUGCUGCUCCCCCAACAAAUCUGAAAAGGGCAAAAUGUAAAUAAAUGUUUACAGUUUAUACUAAAUAUUCAGUCACUUAAAUUUCUCUUUCUUCUUUCUUUCUUUCUUUCUUUCUUUCUUUCUUUCUUUCUUUCUUUCUUUCUUUCUUUUUUUCUUUCUUUCUUUCUUUCUUUCUUUCUUUCUUUCCCCGAGUGUCUUACUUUAUAUUUCUUUUUGAUAAGACUUUGAUAAGUUUUUUUCAGAAAUGAAUUUUGCCUGGUUAAUGGAAGAGAAGAUAUAAAACUGCUGUUCUGCCACCUUUGGCAGUGUUGUGACGAAAACCUUUUUGCUAACAGCCAUAAAGCAUUCUGGCUUGUCUUUAUUUAGAGUGACUUGCAAUAGUUAUUGGAGAACUGGAUAAAAGUCUACACAAUGCCUUUCUCAGAUAGGCCCUUCCUAUACAGCUUGUUUUCACAGAAGUGUAAACUCUUAAACCACCAAACCCAUGUUAGAAAAAGGGACUUGGUUAUCAGAAACUACCUCCUUGGUAAUGAGCUACUUGGAUAUCAGCGUCGCUCAGAGAUACUGAACCAAACAUGGGCCAUGUGCGGAAAGUGUAUAUACCUAAUCAGUCCAGCUGGUAAUUGUGCCAUGAAGUUUUCUCACGUAUGAAAUGCGUAGAGGUGGGUUAAAUCGGUAUCAAUGUUAUGCUUCUGUUGGAAACUUCACAUCCGGCAACAUUAACGGUCAAACAAGAUAUUAUACAACAUACUAUUGUAAAUUAAAAUGGUGAAAAUGCCAUCCUCCAGUUUAAUGAAUGGCUAUGGAGGGGUGGCUGUGAACUUACUAUGGGAAUCUUCUGAUGUCCUUUCCGUACAUAUCGUGCAGUAUUUUAGACUCUCUGUGUGCAGUGGGAGCAGCAACACUAGAGCAAAGAACAUAGUGGGCUUCUGCAAACCACUCAGCAGGUUCUUACAGCACAAUGUAAGGCCUCCUUUCAGGGGCUCAGGAUUGGCUUAGCUGAUGCAGAACAAUGCAAGCAUUGCUAACUUUUUGGAUUCCCAAAUAGGUCUUAGAUUGCCUUUUGCAUGACUUGAAUAUUUUCUUUAGAGAUGUGCAAGGACAGGGGUGGGAAUGGGGACCCUUAACAAAAGAUUGGCAAGCUAAGUAAGUGCAAGGAAUGGCCUUGCAAGUUAACCUACAGCUUACUUGAGGAGCCAAUGCUUUAAAAAACUGAUAAACCUUGUUUGUAAAUCUGUUUGUAUUUGUUGUGAUAAUUUAGUGUAGACUGUAAGCAGGAGCAAGUUUCAACCUGACGUGAAACUACACGGACCAGUUACUUUUCUCCUGGUAUCCUAAAUACACUAUUUUCCUUUUGAAUGUAAAAGUCUGUACUAAAAUGUCACAUUUUUUAAAAAAACCUCUAUAAUAAGGCCUUCUAUUUACAAGUGCCAGGAAUAAGUAAUUUAAUGUUUUGUAUUUAUUUAUUGUAAUUUUCAGUUCAGUUUUAUUAAUUUUGAGUGGAAUGUUAUUAAAGUGGUAUUUUUGUACCUUUUGUUUGUUAUCUUUCUUGCUUGUGUGUGUUUUUUUUAAAGCACAUUGUGCAAUAAACUUUUUUAUCUUUA